AUGACCAAGCCUCGGCCCCGGCGCAAGUCUAGCAGUCUUGGAGGAGAGCCUCGAGGUGACACUGGUGCAUCUGCUCUCGCGACUUUGUCCUUGCUGCCUCAGCGCACAUCUACCCCGACACACGACAAGGCUACCCGAACAUCCAAGCGCCGCAAAGCACGCAGUCUGCUCAGACGUUAUGUCCGCGUCUCGCUCCGUCACACGUGGCUCAAUCCUCUGAUCCUCAUGCUCCUGAUCCUCGCUCUCUACGCCGUCAAUCCCUCGACCUCGAACCCCUUCUACUACUGCAUCUUCCUCGCCUACCCCUUGGACACCCCUGCCGGCGAGCCAAUCCAAUAUGGCAAGGGCAAAGCCGAUUUCGCCUUUGUCGCCUUCUACACCAUCGUCCUGAGCUUCACCCGCGAGUUCCUCAUGCAGCGCAUGAUCCGCCCUCUGGCCAUCCGUCUGGGCAUCCAGAGAAAAGCAAAACAAGCCAGAUUCAUGGAGCAAUUCUACACGGCCAUUUACUUUGCCAUCUUCGGUCCCUUUGGCCUGUACGUCAUGCGUCGCUCGCCCGUCUGGUAUUUCAACACGGAUGCCAUGUUUGAGGGUUUCCCGCACCGCAGCCACGAGGCUGUAUUCAAGGCUUACUAUCUGCUGCAAGCGAGUUAUUGGGCCCAGCAGGCUAUCGUGUUGUUGCUCAUGCUGGAGAAGCCGAGGAAGGAUUUCAAAGAGUUGGUCUUGCAUCAUGUCGUUACUUUGGCUUUGAUCUGGUUGAGUUACCGCUUCCACUUCACGUACAUGGGAAUUGCUGUCUACAUCACCAUGGACAUUUCUGACUUCUUCCUUGCUACAUCCAAAGUCCUCAACUACCUCAACUCUCCCAUCACCGGCCCGUACUUUGGUCUCUUCAUCGGCGUCUGGUUCUACCUCCGCCACUACCUGAACUUCUACAUCCUCUGGGCCACCCUAACCACCUUCCGCACCGUUGGCCCCUAUGAGCUCAACUGGGAAACCCAACAAUACAAAUGCUGGAUCUCGCAAAUCAUUACGUUUUCGCUGUUGUUUGCUCUGCAGGCCGUCAAUGUGUUUUGGUUCGUGUUGAUUUUGAGGAUUGCGUGGAGGUUUGUGAGGAGUUCGGUGGCCAAGGAUGAGAGAAGUGAUGAUGAAGAGGAUGAGGAGGAGGUUGUCGAGGAGCAGGAGAAGGAGAAGUUGAAGGCUAGAAUUAUUCCUAGUGUGGAGUUGAACGGGGAGACACUUGUCGGGGCUACAGGCAGGGAUGCUGAGACCGAGGGCUUGAAGCGCAGAAAUUGA